UCUCCAAUUCAGUUUGGAGAGAAGUGUAGAAUUAAACACUUGUUUACGUUGAAGUAUAUCUCUGUCACUCCUGGAGAAAAAGUUAUUCUUUGUGACUUAAAUGAAUCAAAUGAAUCAAGUUUGAAUUUAAGAAUCCUACCAAUUUUUGGAUCAACAGAAAGAGAAGCAUGUGACUUUGAUAAAAUUGUUUUUCAACAUGUAGAAAGUUCAUUGUAUCUAUCUGUCAGUUUGAGAAUAUUUCAGCAGAAAAAUGAACUUUUUAACCUUACUCUCAGUAAAGAUUCGAGUGUGUUGCAAAGCCAAUUUAAAGUGUUGCAGGUUGAGAAGUCUCUUUUGGUGGAUUGCUAUUAUGCUAUAGGGUUUAGCUCAUUCUUGUAUGAUUCCUUUAAAAUGUUGAAUAAUGGAGAUAUAGACAAAAUAAUUCAUAAAGAAGUGGAAAGGAAGGUGGAUCAGAUAGAGACAUUUUAUGAAGCACAAUGUGAAUCCACAAAGUAUAGGUUUAUACAUAUGCUAUGGAAUUUGGAUGUUUUUAUAGAAGGGCUAUCAAAAAAGUCACCUCAAGAAAAUGGUGGAUAUAAACUCUGUGUUAGAAAGAAGAGUGAUCAAGAACAAACUGAUUGUGGAGAAUCAACACUGGCUGUUGAUCUAGAUCUACAUAUUGAAAAGCUAUUAUAUGAGAAGUCAUUGGCACAGCCUGACCUUAAAAAAUGGGUACCACUUGUCACUCUUGUAGACCUGUUGAAAAGAAUGAAAGAAUCUAAAGAAUUAUUGACAAAAUAUGGCAUAUUAGAAGGCGACAUUCAAAGUUGUAUUUACAGCUAUGACAAAAUAUUUGUUAAAGAUCAUUCCCAAAACCCAAAAUGUCGAUGCUAUGGGCUGACUAAAGAUACUGCUAUUGACAUAGAAAUGGAUGAACUUGAUAGAACUGUAUCAUGUAGUACCUCACCCUUGCAGAGGUUGGCCCCAAGGCCAUUUGGAGAUGAUGACAAUGCUAUUGUGUCUGGAUUCCUAUUAAUGUUACACCUGCUUUUUACAAAAUAUGUAUUUAUAUCUGUGAGAAGUCAAAGACCAGCCAAUGAAUCUACUGAAAGAAAUGAUGACCCAAAUGAAAAUCUGUCAAAAAAUUUUAACAAAUUCUUUAAAGAUAAUUGUCUCAACUGGUGUAACAUUCUGUCUCGGUUGAUAGCAAAUGAAAACUGUAAAAUCAGUUAUAUGAGUGCAUCUCUUCUCUUUGAUAUUUGUAUGAAAGAACAGAUAAUUGACAAAAACAAGCCCAUUUUUGCAAAUUACAAAGAGAAUGUUGUGCCUAUGAAAAGUGAAGAGUUAGAACUGAUUAAGAAAAUGCUUCUAAUGCAAUUAAAUGAAAAAGACCGAGAAGAUCUGAUAAAAUUUUUGACUGGAUUUUACAGUCAAGAUAAAUCUAAACCAAAUGUUGCUGUUAAUAAUCUGAAAUUUGUGUAUAACUCUGGAUUGUUUCAUAUUAUUCUUGAAUAUACCCUAAAGCACAAUACUUAUUCGAUAUUUUAUAAACAAGAAGUGAUUAGCUGUUGUUUUGAACUGCUUCAAGGACUUGCUGCAUCAAGUGAAAAGGUUCGAAAUGAAAUGUUUCGUUAUUUUUUAAAUUUUCUUCAAUUCAAACGAGUUACAAAUGUUAUGAUAUGCCUGAUUAAUGAGAUUUUUUAUGGUAACUCUUAUCUUUCCAAAAAACUGACCAAAAGCGACCUUGGAAAGAUAUUUUAUACUGCUAUUAUGAAUGGUACAGCUGAUGGACAUUACCAGUGGACUAUUGUGCUUCAAACCAUAAUUGAAAACUCAGAUCAAGUACAAGUACAGGAACAUGUUGCACAGCUUAUUUCAAAGCAUUCUAAUGACUACCUACAGCAUAUUCUGUGCCCAAGAGAGCAAAGAGAGGUCAAUUGGCUUGAUAUUCUUAAAUCUAAUGAAGAACAUAAAGAUGAAUGUCACCUUCUUCUCAAUAUAACUGAUCUCUUGGCAUCAUGUGCAAGUGGAGAAUGUCAAUAUGGCAGAUUAGUUGCUAUGAAAUUAAUUUUUUUUGAUGAUCUAAUGGAGUAA